GGAGCGCAUGCGUGAUGUGUUCUGCGUCUCCCCGCAAAGUAAUGGCUGCCUGCAUGAAUCCGAGUUCUUAGGGUUUCUUGUUUUGCUGCUCGGGGUUCGGCUUUUUCGGCGCCGAAGCUACCCGAGAUGCCGCAGGAACCUGGAGAAGAAGAGGAGACAGGCCAAGAAGCCUUGCGAGGGCUGCGCUCGGUAAACACACGAGAGCCUUGUCAGGUCAUUUUCUGCAACCGCAGCCCCCGCUUGGUGAGCCCCAUCUGGCUGGACUUCGAGGGGGAACCGCGCCCCUAUCCGAGCCUGGAGCCGGGCACAGGGCGCCGGAUGCACAGCUACUCUGAACACCUUUGGCUGUUCAGAGAUGCAGGGACAGAUGAUAGUCUGCUGGUCAAUGAGGCAGAGCUGUUUGUGGCCACGCGCAAUAUGAAUGGACGGCCCAUACUUGCCAACAUUACAUUACCAGUGUUCUCUCUAAAAGAGAGAUGUCUUCAAGUUGUCCGUACCUUGGUGAAACCAGUUGACUACAGGAAACUAGACAUUGUUAGGUCACUAUAUGAAGACCUAGAAGAUCAUCCUGACAUUAGGAAGGAUCUUCAGCGGCUUUCUUUGGAAAGGAAUGAAAUGCGAAAGAAUGAAGUCCAUGAUAGAAGGGAAGACUCCUAAGUGGAAAAGCAGCUUUUGCUAAUAAAUUGUGGAGUACAAGAAGCAUUUACUAAGGCUUAUGGAUAGCCAUCAGUAAUAUCUCGGGGAUUUAGGAGCAGACCUUGUUUUUAUGUAGAAUGUACAUAACACAGGGCCAGCCGCAUCUGAGAGAUGAAACCAUGUGCUACUAUGUUAAAUCUUGGUUAGUUUCAGUCACAGAAUACCAAGUACAAAAACUGAUUCAGAUGUUACACAACUGUAAGAGCAAUGGCUGCUGAAGCUGUUUUCAUGUGAUUUUCUUUUUUAUCAAUUCAUUAUAGAUGACAAUGAGUACAGGGUGUUCCUAAAAAUUAGAAGUUGGGCAACUGCAUUCUCGUACCAAUGGAUGAACCUUUCUGAAACAAAACACUGCCAUUUUACCCAUGUAUGUAAUGUAGCAUGGAUACAAAACUUAUUGGUUCCUUUGAUUUGUCAAGUGAUUUUGUAGAUAUCUUUGCCAUUUUAAAUGGUGCUUUGAUAUGUCCCUCUCUUUGGUAUUUGCACUGCAUUAUAGGUUUGCCCUGAGUGAAAUUUUGUAGUAAAAACUGGUAUAAAGGGAACACAAUUAGUAGUUAAUAUGUUUAUGUUUUAGCACCUCAAAUUGGAAUCAUUUCACCAAUCAUUUCACUUCAGUCAAAAUAAACAUCUGACAUCCCUGUGAUGUAGGCAGAAUCUUCUGCCGGAGCGCAAUUUUACUGCAGUUCAAAUCUCCAUACUCCAAUGCAAGUGAAUGGGGUGUGGGUAUCAUACCUUGCUUCUCCUCUAGCAAGCUCCAAGCCAAACCCUAACAAAUCCAGUGUUCCAUGAACACUUGCCAAGGGCUUCUGCCUUUCCCUCACACAUACCUGUACAGAAUAUUAAGGCUGUGAGGCUGACAUAAUGUUUAGUCACAGGGAGGCUCAAUGGAAUUGUCAUAUUCUGUAGCUUGCAUUUUCAGCUAAUAAAAUUGCUCAACUGUGCAUAUGGAAAUGUUAGACCUCAGCACCAGCAAUUAUUACUGUUUGGUUUUGUGUAUUUAUCUCCAGUCCAAAGGCAACUCCUAACAGAGAUACUGUGAAAUUAAAUUGUUGGGAACAUCAAAAUAUUUAAUGUUCAAUAACUGGAUGUGUUGUUUGUUACUUUUUGUAAAGGCACUAGUUUGUGGAGUAAAAUGUGUACUGUCUUAAAUAUUUCUCAUGUACAUUCUGUAAUUUUUAAAGAAAUUUGUACAUUGGGUGUUACUUUGAGGACUGCAUUCCUAUAUUUAAUUGGGGCUUUCCCGUGGGGAAAGGAAAUGUGUGUAGUAUUUGUAGUCCAACAAUGAUUAAAUACUUAAAGAGUUGAAGCAAGACACUGUUUAAAUGCCAGUUUUUCAAUUUGUGGUGGGAGCCUUUUUCAGGACAGAGAUUCCAAAUGAGUCCACUACACAGUUGCUUACUGACUGCUCUGUACUGUGCAUAUGUUUUGUGUGUGUGUCUUUGGACUGCAGCCUUUGCAAAGUACUUCUCCAAUUAUGUGUUAGGCAUAUAAAUUGCAACAUUGGAGAACCCCAAGUGGAAGAAAUCCAAGGCUCUUCCCCUAUCAGUGAAAAAUUGACUUAGCUGAAGGAACUCUUGGUAUCUAGCUACUGUUAUGUGGUGUUAUGUGCUGUCAGGUUGCUUCCAACUAAUGGCAGCCCUAUGAAUUAAUGACCUCCAACACAGCCCUAUCAUUAACAGACUUACUCAAAUUCCUGCAAACUGAAGGCCGUGGCUUCCUUUACUGAGGCAGUCUGCCUCAUUUUGGGACUCCCUCUUUUCUUACAGCCUUCAACUUUCCCUAGCAUUGUUGUUUUUAGUUAUUGUCUAUAGAGGUCCGGUUUUAAGUAAAACAGGCACUCAUUUCUGUAUUUAAACUGGGGAAGCUGCCAGGGCAUCUUCUGCUGAUACUUUGAAAUUAACACUUUGAAGCAAUGUUAUUUUUGUGCUAAUCAUGUAAAUAUUCAGCUUACAUGACCAACAUGUAUUUGGUUACUUUGUGAAAUUUUAGAAGUUGUUUUUAGUGUCUAUUGUUUAUUUUUAGCACUCCAUAGUUUAAUGUAUUCUUAAAGACAUGCAAGAUAUUAAAAGUUUUCUAUGCCAUUGUAUUUUUUUCCUGUUUGGCUUUCCUCUCUUCACUAAGAUUCAUGAAACUAUUACUUUUACUGGUAUUCUUAUACUUAAGUGUAAGCGUAUGCAAUGGUGUUUGCAAGCAUUCCUGUAGCCAGAAAUGCUACUGGUAGCAUAAUGUUUUAUAGCAGUUACCCACUAGUUGUCCUUUUCACAUUCUUCAUACUAUGGUCUCAGAAUGGAUGAUUUAUUGCAAUAGUAAUUUGGAGCCUGAUGAUUUAAGAUGCUUUUAAGUUUUAACUGGAUAAAGCGUUAGGAGUCAGACCUGCCCUCACAUAAAUAGGCUUAUGAAUAUGACUAUCUUAAGCCCCUCUCUCCAUGUGUUUUAAACAGAGCAAUGCUGCCCAGCCAGGCAGGAAAUGGCUGCCAGCUCUCAGCUGGGAGCUGAAAAGUUACUGGCAAGUGAGUCACCAGGCAAGACUAGCUUUCAGCCCUCACGCCCUUGGAGAUAUCCUAAGACAAUAGGGUCUUCCAGGAGUUCCUGAUUGAAUCACCUUAGCCUGCCCCACAGAUCUUUUUCUUAUCCACUCCCAUUCCAAGCUAAUCAGGGAUUUGAUAGCCACUCACAUCAGGCCAUCGCAGGUCAUCAAUCAUUGCUAACUUUAGUUUUGCCCAGGAAGGUUCAAUCAAAGCUUUCCCAGUUCUGUGUCUCACCCCUGAGACAGACAUUGAGUUAUUGUUUGGGGGCAGAAGAUGCAAUCCUGUCUCAGGAUAUGUUCCACAGUAUAACUGCACUACCUGCUGCCCUACUGAGUGUGUAUUCUGGACCUACCCAUGCAUCCUCAGACUGCACAUGUGAGCGCCUCUCCCUCUUGCUGCGAAGCGCUCGAGCCCCUCCCCUUCUAGACUGGUAACUAUAACCCAAAAACCCUGAAACUCUAUCCAACCUCCUCUCAGCUUUUCCAAGGAAACCUUGUGUGUGUAUGGUGUAUGUUCUUGUAUAAUUGCUUUUAAUACCCCUUUAAUAAAAAUAAUUUUUCUUA